UGCUGGUCUUCUUAAAGAUGGGUUGCUGUUUAAAUUUUAUCCAUCACUCCAAAGUUCUUACUCUCACACAUUAGAAAAAAAAAAAUUUCACCUUAGAAGCUUUUUUUCAGGGGCAAAUUUUCCAUGACAACAUACCUCCUGGGGUCAUUAGAGCAUACACUGAACGUGUAUGGAGAAUAGUGGAUGUGCUGGAAAAGAGGAAGACCACAGCUAUCAAUGUGAGAUGGAGCCAAAUGAUCCAGAUCAUGAUGAAGAAAAGAUCAUAACUUUGACAUUUAAGACUAAAUGUAGCUGAAAUUAAAUUAUGCAAUGCUUUAAAAUGUCCUGUUAAUGUAAUUUUUUUUUUUUAAUGGUUAACGCAGGUCAUUUUUAUAAUUUAAGUAAAGGAAGUUAAACUGCCCCUUAAAUUUUCUCAUACUUAAUAAUCUCUCUGUUGCUCUGUGAGAUAUGAAGCCAUCAUGUGGUCACAGAGAAAAGUUACAUGUGUAGCCAUUUAUUUAAAAUCUCCAAAAAUCCCUUUUUUGCUUAUUAUAGAAGGAACUUCUAUUAUACUGAAAAUCAGAUUACCGUGGUGUGCUUGUAAUAUUUUAAUCCAGCAUUUUUGAAAAAAAAAACAACAGAAUAAACCUGGAUUUCACUUGCUGUAGUAGCACAUAAUCAAAAGGUCACUGGUGCAUCAUUUCUAAGUGAUUAACAGCAACAAAUGUCAAUUUACCAACCAGCUGGUUCACUUCCUGAUGCUCUUGCCUGGACUCUGCCUCGCCUCUCUAACGUUGGUCCAAAACCACUAAAUCUGAGCUGUCCCUCUGAUAAGCUUCUGUCUAAUCUUGUCCACCCUGGUUACUCCCAGUCUUAUUUUCAGUUCUGCCAUGUCCAGCUCACCCUCCUAUCUUUUUGCCAGUACAAUUCCAUGCUGGUCCUAUUCCUGCCUACCUACCUGUAUGGCAUGAGGUUGCCAUAGCACUGCUUUACUCUUACAAAAUGUCAUAGUAAAGGAAAUGUUAAGUUUGUCAAAAUAAGCUGUUAUUAAGAAAAACCCAGCCUCUCAUUGUGCAAAGUCAUCCCCUGGGCUAAGUUAGGGCCCAGUAUGUUUGAUGCACCUGCUUUAAAUGGUUUUUACUGGGUACAUCCUGCCACUACUGGGCGCUCUUGCUUGGUAAUUUGCCAUCAACGCACUACACCUGCUUUGACCACAGCUCACUUGUGGAGCAGCCAGCCUGAGUGAAUCUCUGUGGGUUUUGGAUGAAACGAUGCCUCGUUUGCCGUGUGUUUACUCAGACUUCUUCUAUGGCCCUCUGACUGAAGAUGUGGAGGAGCUACUGGGGCGCUUCCAGCAGAUAGACUCGGUCAGGUAUGAGGAUUUUUCAGCCCUCUGGAGGGAGAUGGGCUUCUCUGAUCUCUUCAUUGGCACCAUCAAUGCGGGUGAACUGAAGCGGUUCUGCAGGGUGACUCUGGCCACAGCUGUAAAGUACUUCCUACCUCCAUACAGCUACCAGAUCCGAGUGGGGGGCUUGUACCUGAUGUUUGGUUUCUACCACACGCAGCUCGCCGAACCACCUGUGAUGAUCCGGCUCGCUCUGAAGGACUGGACCCACGUGCAAGCCUUUCUCAAGGAAUCUGUAGAAUCCGGCCAUCUUGAUGUAGUUUAUAUCUACAAGAAGCUUGUGGCAUCCAAAGCCAUACACUACACGGCCAUGCCGCAUUUUCUGACCUUCCAGAAGCAGCAGAAGCCAAAGAAGGACCAUGUGUGCCCUGAGUUUCUGAGCAGGACAACCGCGGUGCGUGAGCUCAUCAGUGAAGACACCCUGGAAGAGAUAGCCAACCUCCAGAGCCUGUACGAGAAGCUGAAGGAGACCACCAAGGAUGUGGGUUCCCAGAUCACCAUGACCCACAGAGACUUCACCUCACGCCUGAGUGACUGCAUGUCAGAGUUCAUCACCUGGCAGAACAAAACUUUCACCUCACAGCUACUCAAAGACAAGAAGGAAAGAGAUGAAGAGGAGGAGGAGGAAGAAGAAGAGGAUGAAGAAGAUGAGAAGGAGUCCUGCAGCAAAAGAGCGAGGCUUCUGUCCUCCAUCAAGCAGAAGAGCUACAGCAAUGUUCAGAAGGCGCCCAAGUCCAGGAGGCACCGGCAGGGUGAGCCAGUGGACUCGUCCAGUUUGGGGACUGAGCAGGUCCAGCGGGUCCCACAGAAAAAAAGACCACCUUCUCUCCGGGCCCGGACCUGGAAGAACCUCGGGGUGAAACAACAGGACAGCAACCUGCCACCCUGGCUCCUGAGUGCUCCUGAGCUGGAGGACGGGGUGCCAGUGAGGAGGACCAACCAGGCGGAGCCCUACAGGAUGUGAAGGAGGAGGAGAGAAGAUCAUUAAAAUAAUUUAAUCUACUAUGUUUGUCACUGUUCAACUGGAAUAAGUUAAGAAACUAUAAAUAAAUGUUUUUGUUAUAGCUAAAAAAAAAAUCAUAAUUUGAAAGGCUUCAAUAUAUCUAAAAUAAUUUUUCUAUACAUUUUCGAAUCUAAAAUUAGAAACCAGUUAACUGUGUUUUGCGUUAAUUUCAUGUUAAACUGUUGAAACUUUUAUCAUAGUUAAAAUUAGGCUAUAAGAAUUGUAAAAUGAAAUAAAUUUCAUCUUAUUUAUUUGAUUUAGCCUGUCUUUGUGUUACUAAGUGAGAUUUAUUUACAUUUUUAAGAACCACAUUGUAACCUUUUUGAGUUUGAUUUAAUAUAAAGUCUGAAUUACCUCUGGAGUUUUCUCCUUUGAUUUGUAUAACAAAAACAAUAUAAAAUAAAUUCUGAGAACACAUCUA